GAGGCUGGGUGAUGUUCAGGCUGGGAGGGGCAAAGCUUGGGGGAAGGAAGAUCAGGUUGCACACCGGACUUCCGGACAGAGGUGUGGUUAUGGAGAUGGGAAUUAGCCUUGUGGGUUGAUAGGAAUAACUGGGAUGGGAGGCACAUUGCAGGCCCUGUGGGGAGGGCCAUGGAGCCAGUAGUUGUGUCUCAAUCUGGAAAGACACAAAGGCUUCACGUGCUGAAUCUGAAGCCAUGGCCUUCAGGACCUGAAAACCUGAAAACAGACCUCCGGCACCCUUGGAGCCUCUUGCUCCUUGGGGACUGGGGUGCAUAACUAAAAUAUGUAAUGAAACUAACACAACACAUACUGAUUAAAACAGGGGACUCAUGUCAACAGAUUGGGGCUGAUCAAUGUGUGAGGCAAAAUGCUAGAUGAGUCUUUCCAGGGAUCUUCUAAUAUUCUGAAGAACUUUAGAAGAGCUCACUGGAUCAGGCCAAUGACAUCCUGUUCUUAACCGAGGUGAACCAAAUCACCAUGGGAAACCUGAGCACAACAGCGCUCCCUGUUCCUAUUGUUUCCAGCAACUGACAUUCAGAAGCAUUACUGCAUUCAACCAUGGAAGCAGAGAGUAGUCACCAUGACCAGUAGUCAUCAGUGGCCUUCUUCUGAUAAACUUGUGUCUUUGCCUACAUCUUACACUUGACUGGGAGUCUCCGAUUCAGAUUUCUUGCCAAUGACCUCUUCUCAUCUUUAUUCUGUGUCCCACCCCCCACCAGCAGGAAUGACUUGCAAUACAGCUUCGCUAUCUGGGAGCAAGUAGGAGUGCAAUGAUGAAUUCACCUUGGGACAAAGAUGAUGAUAUCGUUGGAGAGGAACACAAGUCUUUGAAUCAGUACAUACGAGAGGGUAGGUCCCUCGAUAUCUGAGAUAUGGCUGGGCAAGAUUUUUUUACCAUCUAUUUCAUGUUCACUCAGAAGCAAGCUUUGUUGUGUUCAGUGGGGCUUAUUUCCUAGUACAGUGGUACCUCGGGUUAAGAACUUUAAUUCGUUCUGGAGGUCUGUUCUUAACCUGAAACUGCUCUUAACCUGAGGUACCACUUUAGCUAAUGGGGCCUCCCGCUGCCACCGUGCCACUGUUGCACCAUUUCUGUUCUCAUCCUGAAGCAAAGUUGUUAACCUGAGGUACUAUUUCUGGGUCUGUAACCUGAAGCAUCUGUAACCUGAGGUACUACUGUAGCUGCGUUUUAAGGAAUGCUGCCCAUAGCAAUGGAACCUUUUCUUUUUCUUCAUUUUCUUUUCUCGAAAUAUGUUUAUUGAUACGUGUCCAAAGAUAUACAAAAAAUCAUAUCUAUUGCAUAGUAUCCUUUUAUAAUACACUGAAAUAUUUCAUCUGAAAAAGAACAGAGGUGGGAAGAAUAUUUUAAAAAGUGUGGGGGAGGGAGAAAUAAAGGUAGAAAGAAGAAACGUUGGAAGGGAAAAGAAUAGGGAGAAUAGAGAAAAAUAAAAAGACCUUUAGUUCUCUGUCCUGCAGCUACAUAUAGUAUUCACACAUUAACACCUGACCAUUCUAUUUUCUAUAAACUGGUAUUUUUUUCAAUCUUCAAAUGUAGAUAUUACGAGUUCAUUUCCUCUUUCACACAAAAAAGUCCACAAGAAGUUUCCAGUCCUUCAUAAAUGUCAAUAAUGAUUUUUCUCCAAUUAAACACAUUGUGGAAACUUUUUAAUGGAAUGGGAACAUCCAUUCCAUUCUUGGACCACAUUACUUAAUGCAGAAAUUCAGCUUGGUGCACGUGUUAAUGUGAAGCAACCACACUUGCAGCUUCCUGAAACAGUAUGCAAAGCAAGGAGCAGCUGUCCUUUCAUGUUUGCACUUCUCCAAAUGUUGUGAUUUUUCUGCCAGCAACAGGGGAAAAAAGCAUUUAAUAUGUGUAGACUAUAGCGAAGUGUGCAUAGCGAAUCAUGCAUAAGUAUUAAUAACCAGUGCUUUUCCCCCCUAAAAAAAAUGUUCGGGGGUUACUCUCAUUUUGACUCAAGAAAACACCAUUUUAUAGUUCAAAUUGGGGAAAAUAAAUACAGUAAAUGGACAAAAGUACGAAGAUUCACAAAAUGUUUAGGGAUAUGAGUGCCUUUGCUUUCCCCCAGGAAGGAAGCACUGUUAAUAACAUACCAAAAAAUGCAUUCUGUUUGGGAGAAAUUAUUUGCAAAAAUUUACAUAUUACACAAGAUAUGCAGCAAAAAUAGCCCCAAAGUGUGUAUAUUAGGAGAAAAUGCUGAUCAAUUCCAAUGCAGGCUUACAACAAAAUGGCAAGCUUGCUCAGUGUUGAACUUAAGAGUGGGAAAAUCGAGAAGCGGAGAGAAACUAAAUUUGUCGGAUUCUGCCAUCCCUGCUCUCCAGUGGUGAAUCCCAGCCUUCUCUCUGCCUCUACAACAACUUCCACUGCCCUGACCCAUCUGAUAUUGAAGCUGCAAUGUUGUGUAUGCCUGGGAGAACCAAGAAACAUCUCAGAUCUGAAGGAUCGGAAAGCUGCAUAGCUGCCCUGGUUCCCUGACAUGCCAACAAACCAGAGAUGGCUUCCCAGUGGAAGCAAAACUGGUUGAUAAUAAUAAAUCAAUAAUAGUAAUCAUACUAACAUAUUUUUAAAAAAUCAAUUAUUAUUAUUUUAAAAACAGUUAAAAUCAUCUCUCCACCAGUGCUUUCAGGGUUGCCAGGAAUGGUUUAUUUCAGCCAUCAGAUAAGUGGGUGAAAAAGAAUCCUUUCAAUUUCCCGCUGAGAGUCAGUAAUGAAGGAGAGAGAUGUACCUCAUUGAGGAGGACAUUCCACAAAUGGGGAGUUGCCACUAAAAAGGCCCUGUCACAGGUCAAGGCCAAUUGGGCAGCCCCCACUGAUGGCACCACUAAUAAGGCUUCACUUUUGAUGGCUGUCUGCUCUGUCUCAUCAUAUACAUUCCCUCUCUUCCUAUAGGGCUGAAUCAUCUUCUCCAGGAACAGCUCCUCUGCGACACAACCAUCGUGGCCAAAGGCGAACGGUUCCCCUGUCACAGGUAUUUAUUUAUACAUUUUGGGGUUGCUAUUUGCCAUGCAGGCAAAGGGCCUGCUCUGGGUUUAGAAGGGCCCCUGGGCAAGACACUCUCCAUGUGGUUCCCUCUGCAUGUGACUUGAUUUCAUCACCACCUGCUCCUCUUCCUUGUAAUUACAGUGGCACCUCGGUUUAUGAACAGUCCUGUUUACGAACUAUUUGGUUUAUGAACUCUACAAAACCAGAAGUGGUGUCCUGGUUUGUGAACUUUACCUCGGUAUACGAAUGGAAGCCAAAUGGUGGAAGGGUACUGGUGGUGGGAGGCCUCAUUAGGGAAAGAACAGAUUUGGUUUAAGAACGGAUGCUUGCUAGGUCAGUGAACAAACAUGUAGUUUGUUUGCAUAAGAAGAUAAGAAGAAUGUGCUGGCCCAUCUCAUCUAGAGUCUUGUUCUCACACUGACCAGCAGAUGUCCCAAUGGGAAGCCUGCAGGCACAACCUGAAUGCAAGAGUAUUCUCCCCACUUGUGAUGAUAUUUAAAGGCAUACUUCCUCUGACAGUGGAGAAAGAAUAUAUCCAUCGGGGUUAGUUGCUACUGAUAGCAUUAUUGUAGUAACCUGCCCAGGGACCUUGUGGUGGAAGGCAGUGGGUAAGAAAUAAAAGAAUGGGGCUUGCAGUCCAAUGAGAUCUGGUGGUCCACUGGUUCACCAUUUCUGGAUUCGAAGCUUUCCCCAAUCUGGUGCCCUCCAGAUCUUGUUGGACUCCAAAUCAAUUCGGUCUAGCCAGCAUGCCUCAUGGUCAGGCAUGAUAGGAGUUGUAGUUGUAGCAACAUCGGAAGGUCCUUGGGACUUGACAUCCCUGGUUUAGGGCAACUCACAUGGAAUGCCCUGUUGACAUUCUUUGCUAUAUAGCUCUUUCCAGCAUAAUCCUGGAAAUUCUUGUGCCAGAGUACUUCCUAGAUCUACUCGCAUUGGGUCCUUCUCUACCAUGGUUGAAACAGCAUCCAUGUACUCAUGAGGUAUGGGGUGGUUAGGGUGCUGGACUCCAGUUCCCAUCAGCCAUAAUCACUAUCAGGUUUUUCCUACAACCAAGUGGGCAUAUACGUUUUAUGAAAUAUCAAACAAAAUAAAUUAUGGGACCUGUAGUCCACCAACAUCUGGAGGUUCUUAGGCCUCCCCAUCCCCAGUUUAGGGGAACUCCUAUAGAAUCAAACAAUGGUCAGAAGUGGGGUCAUCAUUCUUUUUUUUUUCAGGCUACAAGAGGCUGCAAUAAUUAGAAACAAAAUAUGGAAGCUGGUAGACACAGGAACAUUAGAAACUGCCUUAUACAAAGUCAGACCUUUGGUUUAUCUAGAUCAGGGUUGUCUACACUGUGAGUCAAUGCUUUUAAACUCGCUCAUAAAUGGUUUGGAGUUAGGGUUGAGCAGUGAGGUAGCCCAAGUCUGCUGACAGAGAUUCCACAUGGUUCAAGGUAGCUAAGGAAUGCUGAAUUAGAGAUUGAUACCCUGACCUCCUAAUGUUGAUACAUCCCUCCCUCCCUGUUGUUUAGGAUGCUCCUUGCUGCCAUCAACCCCUACUUCCGAGCCAUGUUCUCCAGCUCCUUCCGGGAGUCAAAGGAUGGAGAGGUUCUGCUGCAAGACAUGGAGCCCUCCAUUGUCCAAGCUGUGGUGAACUAUUACUACACGGAGGAGAUUGCGCUCGUGCCGGAGAUGGCUCAAGACCUGUUUGUAGCAGCCAGCAGGCUUCAAAUCCUUCCGCUGCUCGAGAGUUGCUCCAGGUAAUCCCUAAAUAAUGCCGCGUCUUUGAACAUUGGAAUCCUCUUUACUGCCUUAUACCAAGUUAGACCAUUGUUCCAUCUAUCUCAGUAUUGUCUCCACUGGCUGGCAGCAGCUCUCGAGCGUUUACAGAGUGAGGUUUCUUCUGACCUUAUCUGGAGAUUCUGGGAUCAAACCUUGGACUUGAUGCUCUGAGCUAUGGUCCGUCCCUAAAUAUGAAGCAAGAUUCUAGUCCUCCCAUUUGUGAACAAAGGGCUGGCUUAAUCAGGAAGCUGCUUUACAGUGAAUCAAAUCAUUGGCCGUCUAGCUUUGUACUGUGAACAGUGAAUGGCAGUGAUUGCUCUCCUGGGUUUCAGGCAGAAGUCUCUCCCAGCCCUACCUGAAGAUGCUGGGGAUUGAAUCUGGGAUCUUUCACUUGCAAAACAAAUCCUCCAGCCCUGGGCAAUGAUCCCCUUAGUGGGAAAUGCCCAUCUUGUUUUGUAUCGCUUGUCCAGGGAGUGACCUAUGCAACUCUCUCCGUUUGUUCUCACGUAGGGAAUUUAUUAAGUAAAAAGGCAACCAAUGUUCAAGCAAGACGAUACCCAUCUUCAUUGGUUGUACUGCAGUAAAGGAUGGUUCCAUAAAGGGAUGGGAACUGUAACAAACACAGGGUCUUUUCAGCUUUUAUGCCACCUCACACUCACCCAAUUAAUCAGACAAGGCACAACACAUUUGCCGUACAAUUAUUGCCAUGUUGUCCAUUACAUGUCAGCUAAGCCAGUGGCAGGUGGCAGGAUGCGGGUGGCGCUGUGGGUUAAACCACAGAGCCUAGGGCUUGCCGAUCAGAAGGUUGGCGGUUUGAAUCUCCACGACGGGGUGAGCUCCUGUUGCUCGGUCCCUGCUCCUGCCAACCUAGCAGUUCAAAAGAAUGCCAGUGGAAGUAGAUAAAUAGGUACCGCUCCAGCAGGAAGGUAAACGGCGUUUUUGUGCGCUGCUCUGGUUUGCCAGAAGCGGCUUAGUCAUGCUGGCCACAUGACCCAGAAGCUGUACACCGGCUCCCUCGGCCAGUAAAGCGAGAUGAACACUGCAACACCAGAGUUGUCCAUGACUGGACCUAAUGGUCAGGGGUCCCCUUUACCUUUACCUAAGCCAGUGACAUGACAUCUUUAUGAACCAGCCAAGUUAACAGCAUGGGUUGGUCAGUAGUACAAGCCGAUCAGAACAGUAAACAGGAGCAGAUUGCACGGAAAGUGUAUCUCCAUCUUCUCUGCCUCUAAUUGAUGUGAAAGGAGGACCCCUUUGAAAUAAGGCCUUUCUGCCUCUUCUGUAACUACAGUCAACCCCUGAUUUGCAUGGUAGUUGCAUUCCCGGUUAUUGCGCAUGAUGGUGGAGCAUGCAUAAGCCCACUCCUCCCUGUUAUGCCCAUGCCCCACCCUCUUCUGCCUCCUGUUCCACCCUCUUUUCUGGCUGCUUCCGGGUUGCCGCGAUACAUGCUUGCAUGGUCGUGCAUCAAUUGGACUCACAUAAAUCAGUUGUUGCCUGUACGUUCAAGCUAUUGCAGAUUCUGGGGAAGUGGAAUAUUAGGAAAGACAUUCCCUUCUCCAGUCAAGUGCAUUUCCAUCACAUGCUGAAGCAAUAGGGAUAGAUAAAUAUGUCCAUUUUCUCAGUUUCUUAGUUUUCCAACUGUCAGUUUGCCCCAUUUCUGUAUCAAAAUUUCCUUUUAUAAGCUUGCGGGAAAAUUGGCAGACCUUUUUUAAUGCCUUUCUCCUAGGUAUGCAUUUUGGUACACAAUUCUGUAUGCAUUUUUUUCCUUUUCUUUUGCAAGCAAUAAUGUAGAUGCCCCCUUUUGACGGGAGAACUGCUUCACACAAUUGUUGAAAAAUGGCUAUGUUUUCACUUUGCCUUUAGAUUCAAGAAGUGUAGAUUAGGUAGAUUGACUUUAAAGCAUGAACCAAAGUAAUUUCUCCCCCAUGAAUCAGGAGUGCCAUCUGCAGGGCUCAUGCACAAUUCCAGAUAAGAUGUAGUGUGCCAAAGAGUUGCAUUCAUAUUAUUCAGCCUGCACACUUGGAUUUUGCAAUUAUAUUCUGAUUACAGGCACAGAGUGGUUUAAAAGUCAACUUCUCUUCCCAGGAAACUCUAGGAAUUAUCGCUCUGGGAGGGGAAUAAUACUCUCUUAACAACUCUCUCAGUUUUUAAAUACAUUUUAUUUAUAGAUUUUUCAAAAACAAAAAAACAAAAAUAAAUUGUACAACUUUUUCAAAUUAACAUUCAAUUAGUAUUCGAAUUCCCUUCCAGCCCUCCAUGGUUUCCCCAAUUAUUCUAAUGUUGCUGUAUAUUAUAAUUAUUCUAUACAUUACCUCCUCCACAGUAUUCUCAGAUAUGUAUUUUACUGCUGUUCUUACUAUAAACCUGCUUGUGUUUCAACAUGUUGACAAUGAUUUUUAAAAAGUAAUCUACAAACAUUUUCCAAUCCUGCCGAGAAACAGUCUCAUCUUGAUCUCUAAUUUUACUACUUAGACUUGCUAAUUCAGCAUAUUCCAUCAGUUGGGUCUCCCAACAACUCUCAGCACCCUUAACAAACUGCACUUCCUAGGUUCUUUUUGGAGAAACUGUUUAAAUUCUCCCGAUGCUGCUUUAAAUAAUAUUAUGCAGAUGUGGCGAUACGUAUCUUGUCUAGCUCAUCUUCUGCAGCGGUGUGUCCUUUGUUAGCUGUGGUCUAAACCACUGAGCCUCUUGGGCUUGCCAAUCAGAAGGUUGGUGGUUUGAAUCCCCACGACGGAGUGAGCUCCUAUUGCUCUGUCCCAGCUCCUGUCAACUUACCAGUUCGAAAGCAUACCAGUGCAAGUAGAUAAAUAGGUAGCACUGUGGUGGGAAGGUAAAUGGCAUUUCCAUGUGCUCUGGUUUCUGUUACGGUGUCCUGUUCUGCCAGAAGCGGUUUAGUCAUGCUGGCCACAUGACCCAGAAGGCUGUGUGUGGAUAAACACCGGCUCCCUCGGCCUGAAAGCGAGAUGAACCCCAUAGUUGCCUUUGACUGGACCUAACCAUCCAGGGAUCCUUUACCUUUUUACCUUCCCAUCUGUCUGCCCCAGAUACCUCUUGGAACACAUCUCCCCAGAAAACUGCCUUUCGCUCUACCAACUGGGCUUCGCACACAGCGACCCUGAUCUCCUCCAAGAAGCCAAGAUCCUGGUCAACCUGCACUUCAAGCGCCUCUCCAUCGAGGACAAGACCUUCCCCAACUUGAACCCCAGCACCCUCAUUAGCAUCAUCUCCCUGGACAGUCUGGUGGUCUCUUCCGAACUCACCGUCUACCGGGCCGUGUGGCGCUGGGUGAUGGCCCAGAGCGCCAGCCGCCUGCCAUUCCUGGGGCAGCUCCUGACGCAUGUGCGCCUCCCGCUCUUGACCCAGGAGGAGCUGAGGGUGGUCCAGUCCGAGCUGAUGUGCUACAGGGACGUCCGCCUGCGGUGGAAGCGCUUCAACCGCCAGGAGAGGCUGCAGCGCAGCGGAGGCCUGCGAAGAGGGAUGUACUCCACCUGCAUCAUCUGCGUGGACCUCUUCAACAUGGAAGGCCCAGAACUGAAGACCAAGGACUUCCAGGUCGGCUGCUUUGACCCCCAGGCUGAAACGUGGGAAAAGAUGCCCCUGUUGAAAUGCCUGUAUUGCGCCCGCUGUGUGGCCGUCGGGGACAAGCUGUACGUCACCGGAGGGGUCCACACGGAUGACUCUUAUUCAGACACGAUGCAUGAGUACAGCCCCUUGAGGGGUCGCUGGACUCAGCUCCCUUCCAUGUCUGUGGCCAGGGCCUCCCACGGCUUCCUCGCCUGCAACCAGCAGCUGUUCGCCAUGGGUGGCUGGUGCAAGUACGAGGACUACCUCGACACAGCGGAGUGCUUCGACUUGGAGAGAAAGUUCUGGGCCCCAAUUAAAAGGAUGCCCUUUGCGCUCAGCCACUUUGCCUCGGCGGCGCUCAGGAACAAGCUCUACCUGGUCGGCGGCGUCACAGACACCGUCGGCUCGUGGUACGCUUCCCGGAAGGUCCUGAUCUACGAAGUGAGCUUUGACACGUGGAGUCAAGUGUACCUGGACAAUGAGUGCUACUGGUCUGGUGCUGUGGCCAUGAACAACGGGAUCUAUGUGAUCGGGGGCUACUUCCGGAGCCGGACGAGGCACAACGAGCGCUGGUCGGAAACAGGGAACCUGCGCUGCACCCGGAAGUGCUUCUUUCUGGGGGAAGAUGGCCAGGUGGACAGGAGAGUCACUAUCCCCAGGCUGCCCAUAGAGCUGGCGGGGGCCGGUGUGGUGCGCUGGAAGCACCGCAUUUACGUGCUGGGUGGGGAGAACACCUACAUGUAUAACAACCUGGAAGGAGAGAACGAAGAGGAAUAUUAUAACACUGUUUACUACUGGGAACUCGGAGCCACAAAGUGGGUCCAGUGCCAGGAGAGGCUGCCAUUCACCAGCUGGGGACUCAGCGGCUUUGGCUGCACCACCAUGAAGGUCCCCAAAAAGCCCAUUCUAGAGCUUUUCCGAAAGACGUCGGUUGCACUGACAGCCAUAGAGGUGGUGAACCCUUAGUGGAUGUGAGGCUCACAGACAGCUUGCAAAGUGGUUUCUACAGCAAUGAUCUGCCUGAGAAAACUGAAGGCACUUAACUCUCGAGAGGUAUAGAACAGAAGGACUAGUCAUUACCUACC